CGUACGGAUUUGAACUGACAAUCUGCUUCAGCAGGCAACGUGCAGAAUCUCUUGAACGAGUUAAGCUUGAAAAUCACUCAACGUCAGGCGUACAGCAUACACCGCCGACGCUUUGAACACAUCCAAAUAACUGGGAAACCUUCCAUCGUCGGUGGUGGGCCAUGGCUUCCAGCUCGAUGCAGCCCGUUGUAGCAGCAAAUAAAUCGAUUCUGACACCGGUCAUGACUUUGGAGGGUCAUAAACGAUUCAAUUACAACCUUCGGAAUGGCGAGCGAGACCUAUACCCCCAAGUUAGAUCCAUCUCCUACUUUCCGGACGGGAAGCAAAUGAUCAGCGGAGCUCUGGACAUGACCAUUCGGAGAUGGGAUUUGCGGGAGGGAAAGGAGAUUGAGGAGGUGCGGGAUGUCUGUGAGCAGAGAGUAGAUAUGUUGGAGGUAUCAAGGGAUGGUCGAUGGGUUGUCACUGCUGGUGGAGGUAACCAUACCACCGAGGGAGGGAAGCUCAAAGUCUGCGAGGUUGAGACAGGCUUCGUGAGAAUAUUUCAAUCUCACUCAAAGCCACAGUGGAUCCAAUGCAUCGAUAUCUCCCCGGACAGCACGCUGCUCGCGGCUGGGUCGAUAGACUACAUAUUGGAUGGUAUUGGAAGCAGUACAGCGCGGAUAUGGAAUUUGGACACGGGCAAACUCGUGGCUGGUCCAUUCAAGAAUGAUCAUUGCCUGGGCUCAGUUCGAUUCUCGCGAGACUCGAAGAAGCUUGCGGUCAUGUUAGAUAUAGCGAAGCGCCUUGAGGUGUGGGACGUCCAAACACAGAAACUAGUCGUCUCGGUUGGGAAUUCCUCUUACAGCGGCGAUUGGACACUUGCGCGCACGCCGGUGUUCUGGACAACACAAGACAAAACCAUCGUAGCUGCGUUUAGCUUCAAGAAUUUCAAGCCCCGCAUAGACGUCCGGGAUGACCCCAUUACGAUCUAUGAGUUCGAUGCAUCGAUACUGGAGAUUGUCGGAGCUCCUUUCAAAGGGCACACUCGGUUUAUCGCCAAUCUAGCACUUUCAUUUGAUUGUGCUCUCCUCGCUAGCACUGCCUACGACAACACUGCCUAUGACAACACCAUCAAGCUCUGGGCCUUCCAGUCUCGCCAGCUACUCGCCUCAUUUGACGUCCAGCUUCUCGACAUGCUUAUCUACUCACCCAAUUCACAUCAACUGGCUUACACUACCUUGGGUGAUACCAAGAUCCACAUAUAUGACAUUCCACUCGACAUCCUUGCUAGCAUCCGGCCCACAAGACAAGAAAAGCCAAGUACAAGUGCAUCAAAAAUUCCCGAUCUAUUCAAUGUGCGUGUCCCUAUUCUUUUACUACACUGCUCCAUCAAUGCCAGUAUCGCAGUUCGACGCAACACGUCGUGCCGUGCGCCGUAACCCAGUGAUACCACGUGUCAUAUCUUGCCCUCCUAGACCUCCUCCUACAAGAGACCUACAGCAACAUGGAUUCUUUCACUACCUUCGCCACCUCCUUCCUUCUCGCACAAACAUUGAUCAGCCCCGUGAUUUUCUAGAUUUUCCUGCGACAUUGCCCCUACCUCUCAAUAUCUCUCCCUCGGCGCAGGUCAUGACUCAGGGGCCUUCACACACAGAUCCUCG